AUGAACGCGUACGGAUCUCCCUACAUGUACAUGGCCGGCCCGGUGUCCCAGCCCCGACCCCCUCUCCAAAGGACCCCCAAGUGCGCCCGCUGCCGGAAUCACGGUGUCCUCUCCUGGCUCAAGGGGCACAAGCGCUACUGCCGCUUCAAAGACUGUACGUGCGAGAAGUGCAUCCUGAUCAUCGAGAGGCAGCGGGUAAUGGCCGCCCAGGUGGCCCUCCGGCGGCAGCAGGCCAACGAGUGCAUCGGCAGCCUGAUCCCUGACAGCAUCCGAGCCGUGCAGGGGCUGGCUGCCGCUCCCGGUCCCGCCGAGUCUCGCCACACUCCAGCCAAAGGCGGAGAGACGGCGCUGCGCUGGGAGCAGGAACAGCCAGACAGCAUCCAGCAAGCCAGGGCCGACUUAAACGCGGAACGUUUAGACAGCCAGAUUGCAGAUGAGACCGUGGAAACGUACAGUGACAAAGAGUCAGGACAAACAAAUUCUCCAGAUCUGGCCAAAGACAAGAAUUGCUACACAGCUGAAAGCCCUGAAAUGGCAGCGAUUGAUGAAGAACGAUUUCCAGUUGAGAAGAAUGGCAACGGCUUGGAAACAGUACCAGAAAGCUCCAAAUUUAAUCUGGACCAAAACCAACUACUGAUGGAGGGUCUAUCUGGAACUGUGUCAAUUCCUUUCUCUCUAAAAGGUAACAGGCCUCCCAUUGAAGUGCUGAAGAAGAUAUUCCCAAAUCACAAAGCUACAGUCCUUGAGCUGAUUUUGAAAGGUUGUGGGGGUGACCUUGUUGGUGCCAUUGAAAUUCUUCUGUCAAGUCGCUCUGCUUUGGCUUCAGAUAGACCUGCAGAAGCUCCGGAUGUCCUCUCUGUAUCUUCUAAUGGACAGACGUUUUUUGAACAUGCUUUUGGCUCCUACCCCGUUGCCUCUUCUAAGUGGUCUGUUGGGUCAGCUUUCAGGGUCCCAGAUUCCUUGAGAUUCUCCAGUGAUCCUGGCAAUGUCAUGUCAAGCCCGCUGGCCAUGCCAUUACAACACCCAUUUCCUCAGCCUCCUCGCUACCCACUGGUCCUGAGGAACAGCUUGAGUAGAAACCAGGGAAGUCCAUUUAUAUCAAAUGAUGUUGCUUUAUGGAACACCAUGACACUCCAACAGCAGUACCAGCUCAGAUCCCAAUAUCUCACCCCUUUCCCAAACACCUCAGCUGGCAUCUUUCGCAGUUCCCCAGUACUUUCCUCUCAUCCUACCAAUGAUCCUAGGCUUUCAAUUGCUGAUGAGGGCUGUUCAAUGGUGACCAAACAACCCAUUUAUACAGAGGAGGACUAUGAUGAAAGGUCUGAUUCUGCAGACUCUAGAACAUUGAACUCAUCCUCUUAA